CGCCUAUGAAGGACUUGAGUGCCCAAAAGGGCAGUGCUGCCCUGGGACAGACCCCGGUACCAGUGGCUCCGGUGCCUGAAGGCCUGUCGAGCCCCGGGGUAAGCGCCUUGAGUGAGGAGGAGAGCUGGAGGAGAUCCCAGAACAACCUUCCAUGCCGGACACGUUUGAGGUGGCAAAGGACCUCAUUGAAUUGUCUGUGGCGAGCCCCCUCCUGGCCAAGGAGAAGCCUCUGGCACUGAGACUGCCAUCCAGAGGCAAACCAGCAGUGGUGCACCCAUUGAGGUCACCAUCCCGGCACUGCUCUCGAUGUCGGUCCCAGUCGAGCUCCGCCUCAGUAGACUCCUGGCUGCCCCUGACUCAGGAGGCCGCGAAGGUGUCUGGUCCCAGCCAGCACUCGGCACCGGCCCCAGCGUUCCCCGGCUCCUUCUCCAAGCAGAUAAAGGAACAUUUGAAGGCCGAGCCCGACCGCUGGCCCUCAUUUCCGGUCUCCAGUGUACCGGUACCGAUCCUGGUCCCAAUCGGCAAGGCGCCACUCCUGAUCCCGGUCAAUACGAGACCACUCCCCAGUCCCUGACUUGCACCAUUCCUCAGCACCGCCACAGCCCUCGAGGUCUCUGUCCAUGGAAUCCGAGGUGGACUUGGGCCACUGUAGCUAUGUUCUCAGGACACCAGCCAGCAGAGAGCACCAAGCCUCGUGGUACCCACAGUGGGGCCCGCCAGGACAGUGGCCCUUCUGGACACCAUGGGCCUACCACCAGCAACAAGGGCCCCCCUCCAGAACCUCGAGGUCCAGCUUCUCAGGGCAUCGGUCCCGCUCCCCACAUGGGCGCCCUUCCUCUCACAAGGAGGCCACAGUUUCCAGACUGCCAGAUGCAUCGGAGCACGAAAGGGCUGGGAUGGCACCGAGCCCAGUGCCGUCUCAAGUACGCUCGGUUGGGCAGACCCCAGAGGAGCCCCUAGCCUGUGAGGAGUCACAGGAAGGACUGGAGGAUGAAGCGCAAAAGGUCUUAACUUCUUUGUCCUCACCAGAUGAAGCCGUGGUGGGUACAGCGGUUUCAGGGCCUCCCCCGAUUGAUCACAGGGCAUACCAAGAGCUGUUCCGCGGGGUAGCCCAAAAUUUGGACUUGCAGAUGGAGGAGACAGUAGAGCAGGAGGAUCUCAUGGUGGACAUCCUAAGCCCUGAAGGGCCCUCCAGAAUCGCACUCCCGCUCAUAAAAACAAUACAAUCUAAUUAUAAGACAAUAUGGCAAACGCCAGCCUCCAGUGCACCAACAGCAGAGGGCAUAGAGAGGAAGUACUUUGCUCCUUCCAAGGGGUUUGACUUCCUCUUCUGUCACCCGUCACCCUGUUCGUUGGUUGUAUCUGCUGUCAAUGAAUGGGAAUGGCAUGGACAACAAGCCCCGGCCCCUAAGGCCAAAGAGACGAAGCAGUUGGACUUGUUUGAUAGAAAGAUCUAUUCAUCUGGGGGCCUCCAACUGAGGAUCAUAAAUCAGCAAGCGAUCCUAAACAGACACAAUUUUAAUUCAUGGGCUGCAGUCUCUAAGUUUAAGGACUCCUUGCCUCAGGGCUCACAGCGUGAGUUCAUGGCCAUCGUGGACAAAGGGAAGGCAGUAGCCAAAACUUCCCUGCAGACCUCGCUUGAUUUAGUGGAUGCGACUGCUAGGACAAUAGCAUCGGGAGUGGUGAUGAGACGCUCCGUGUGGCUGAAGGCUUCAGGCUUUCCAUCAGAGAUCCAAAUCACCCUCCAAGACCUCCUAUUUGAAGGGUCCGGCUUGUUCUCAGACCAAAUGGACGCCAAGCUGUAUAGCCUUAAAGACUCCCGGGCAACCCUCAAGUCGUUGGGGAUGCACACCCUGGCAACACAGAGAGAGCUUUUUAAACCCCAGUCACCAAAACAAAGACAGUACAGUCGUUGCCCCAGGCAGGAACCUUACCGCAGAAAGGGCAGUGAGAAUAGGCGUAGGCGAAACAACACACCUAGCCGAGGCCAGGGCCAGGGGCAGGGCAAGCCACAACCCGGCAACAAGCAGGAAUUUUGAAGGUGUGCCUGAGGACAGUGCACCAAGCCUCUCACCAGAUCCUCCCCUCUGUUUCAUGAACAGUUUGUCCCAUUUCUACUGUGCCUGGUCUAAUAUAACAUCGGACCAUUGGGUCCUGUGCACGGUGAAGGUGGGAUACACGCUUCAGUUCUCCUCAUCCCCUCCCUUCCAACCCCCAUCCCCAUCCCUCUUCAGGGACCCCUCUCAUGAGCAGCUCCUGAUGCAGGAGGUUCAGGCCCUUCUCAGGGCAGGGGCGGUGGAGGAGGUCCCUCCAGACCUAAGACAGAAAGGGUUCUACUCCAGGUACUUCCUUAUGCCCAAAGCAAAAGGGGGUCUUCGACCCAUUCUGGGCCUACGCAGACUCAACAAAUUCCUAGUCAAGGCCCGCUUCCGCAUGGUCUCCCUUAGUUCUGUUAUCCCAUCCCUGGAUCCGGGGGAUCAGUACACUGCCCUCGAUAUGAAAGAUGCGUACUUUCAUGUCGCCAUUCAUUCUGCUCACUGAUGGUUCCUGCAGUUCACCAUAAACCAGCACCAUUACGAGUUUACGGUCCUACUCUUCGGCCUGGCGACGGCCCCACGAGUGUUCAUGAAAUGCAUGGCAGUGGUGGCAGCCUUUCUUCGAAAAAGGAAAAUGUGGGUGUAUCUGUACUUGGACGAUUGGCUCCUUGCAGGCUGGUCCAAGGACGAGGUUCAUUCCCACGUGACGAUGGCACUAGACUUGUUCAACAAGCUAGGUCUCCUAGUCAAUCUGCCCAAGCCCUCGUUGAUACCUACGCGAAGACUGGACUUCAUAGGGGCAGUCCUGGACUCGGUAGAGGUGUGAGCAAGCCUACCGGUUUCCAGGUUCCUAGCCAUCCAGUGAACCGUAAUCUGUAUGCAACGGUUCCCCACAACUACAGUCAGAUGCUGCAUGCAGCUUCUGGGGCACAUGGCAGAGUGCACCCAUGUAGUCAAACAUGCCCGACUGAGACUCAGACCGAUGCAACUGUGGCUAGCCCAAACGUAUCGUCCCGUCAGAGACCCCUUGGACCUUUCGUGACAAUCCUGGCUUGAGUCUCAGACUCCCUCCGCGGGUGGCUCAAUCGGCAGGUAGUUUGCGAAGAGGUCCCCUUCGCUACACCACAACCCACCUUGACUCUGGUAACAAACGCAUCAGCCCUAGGAUGGGGAGCACACUUGGGGGACAUGCAAACACAGGGGUUGUAGUCCAGGGAGGAAAUGUCGCUCCACAUCAACGUAAAGUAGCUAAGGGCGGUUCGCCUCGCCUGCCAGACCUUUCAUGCUACCAUAGAAGGCCACAGUGUGACAGUUCCGACAGACAACACUACCACCAUGUUCUACAUAAACAAGCAGGGUGGUGCCUGUUCCUUUCCCCCUGCCAUGAAGCGCUUCUCCUGUGGGAAUUUUGUAUAGUUCACUCAGUCCAACUAGUGGCUUCAUACGUUCCGGGGGUACAAAAGAAGCUGGCGGACCACCUCAGCAGAUUGUAUCAAGUGCAUUAAUGGAUGUUAAGAACAGACAUCUUGAGAUCAAUCUUCUAGAGGUGGGAAUUUCCCCAAAUAGAUCUCUUUGCCACCAAGGACAACAGCUAAUGCCCUCAGUUUUGUUCCUUACAGAACCACAGCCCAGUCUCGGUGGCAGAUGCCUUUGCAAUUCCGGGGGACGGGAGUCUGAAGUAUGCCUUCCCACCACUCCCACUCAUCCACAGAGUCCUGCUCAAGGUCCACAGGGACAAAGCGGUGAUGAUUCUCAUUGCAGAGGCUUGGCCACGCCAGCAUUGGUUUACGACCCUGCUGGAACUGUCAGUGACUGCCCCGAUUGCCCUGCCCCUGCACCGAGAUCUCAUCACGCAGGACAGAGGUCACCUGCUCCACCUGAACCUACAGUCUCUACAUCUCACGGCGUGGAAUAUCUGUGGCUAAACGCUAUGGAGAGGAGGUGCUCCUGCCAGGUCCAACAAAUUCUUCUCAGUAGCAGAAAACUUUCCACAAGGGCGGCAUACCUCCCCAAAUGGAAGAGGUUCUCCUACUGGUGCAAACCUAAGCUCAUACAGCCUCUUCAGGCCUCCAUCCCAUCCAUACUAGAAUACCUACUGCACCUCAAACAUGAGGGUUUUGCCUCCUCCUCAAUCAGAAUACAUCUGCCUGCUAUAUCAGCAUUCCAUCCUGGGGAGUCUGGGCAUUCCAUAUUUUCCAACCCCACGGUAGUCCAAUUUCUCAAGGGGCUGGGGAGGGUGUUUUCCUACUUGUGCCCACCGGUUCCCCCAUGGAACCUUAACCUGGGCUUAACUAAGCUCACGGGACCAUCUUUUGAACCCCUAGCCUCUUGCUCUCUCACGCACCUCUCAUGGAAGGUGACGUUUUUGGUGGCCAUUACGUCAGACUAGGGUGUCAGAGCUGAGGGCCCUCAGUUUGGAACCCCCAUAUACAUUUUUUUUUUUUAAGGACAGGGUGCAGCUGAGACCACACCCUAAAUUCCUCCCUAAAGUGGUCUCACAAUUUCACAUGGGUCAGGUCAUUUGUUUACCAGUGUUCUUUUCCAAGCCACACACGGACCCAAGUCGCUGCAUCUUGUAUACCCUAGGUGUCCGUAGGGCCCUGGCGUUCUAACUGGAACGAACCGGGCCUUUCCACAAGUCAACACAGUUGUUUGUUGCCAUUGCAGAGAGAAUGAAGGGCCUCCCUAUCCUGGCGCAACGGAUUCCAUUGUGGUUCGUGGAUUGCAUCCACACACACUAUGAGCUUGCCGAAGUGCCAGCCCCGACGAUCAUGGCUCACUCGACUAGGGCUCAUGCGUCCUCGACAACUUUCCUGACGCAGGUUCUGCUCCAGGAGAUCUGUAAAGCAGCCACCUGAUUGUUGGUGCACAUAUUCACAGCUGACUACGCAGUCCAUCAUCAGGCCAGAGAGGAUGCGGCAGUCAGCAGGGCUGUGCUUCAUUCAGUUGUUUCUUGACUCCUACCCUCCUCCUAUGAUUUGUCCAGGUACAUUGAUUUUUUUUCACCUUCCACCAUCAGCUGCUGGCCACUGGAGAAGAUGAGUCAGGAUUUCGUUUUUCCAGUGGGCUUGUAAUGCUGAGAGCCUAUUGAUGUCUUUGGAACUGCGUAUUACCUGAUCCUGUAUUACUGUGUUACUGAUGUGGUCAUGUGUUCCUGACCUCCACUGUACGCCAGUAGAGUAAUUCAGCUUUUUGCCUUUCUCUGACCAAGUUUGUGCAAGAUUACAUCCUGCAAUGUUAGCUGCACAGGUGUGUGAACAGUAUAUUACCCUUUCCUAUCAGCAGCUGGAGAGACAUACAAUUGAGGAAGUCAUUCUUAAGACUUCCUUCUUAAAAUAGAAAUCAUGUAUCUAUUGCAGCAGUUUCCCUCAUACUUCAGCCUUUUUGCGAUAUAUAUUGGAAAAAUGUUUCUCAUGAAGCCAUUAAUAAUACUUACUUCAUUUAUUCAAUACAUUUUACAAAGACUAAUUCUCAGAACACCCGUCUGUUGUAGGUGCUGACUGGCAUGUGAAUUUUUGUUGGAAGCUUGUCAACAAUUUAUUUUCUUAUAAAAAGCAGAUCUGUUUAUAUCACCAAAUCUGUUAAGAAAAAGGGGGAUAUUAAGCUAGAGAUAUAACCCCUCUUGAUGAGCAAUGGUAGGAAUAUCUUUAACAGCUCACUUUGAACAUUAGAUGUGAAAUCCACUUCAGUCAUUUGGAAGCUGGUUCUUUUCUGGUCUUGGAUGGGCAUCAAAGCAGUUCCUCUGUUUUAUCAAUAAAUGGUGAAUCAUGCUUUUCAUAGGCUUCCAUGGUGCCCUUCUAACUGUAAAGGAAGAAGGGGAAGUACUAUCAGAUUUCUCCAAAAUGUUUUCCUAAUGGUCUUCAGCUAGAUGGAAGGUUGCUUUUCUCUGAGGCAAACUAAGCCUUCUCUCUAUACAACAAUUUGCUCUCUACAAUCUAUGAAACUUGUCUUAUCUCACUAAAGACCACAAAUUAUUCUUCAAUUUAUAUAGACUUCUGUUUAAUAAAAAAUAUUUGAGCCAAAUUCUGUUUUCUGUGUGUGGAAAUAGAAGACGUUUGACAAAUAUGUAUGUUAAUAUGCAGUCCAUUCAGAUUGCAUGUAAACGUCCAUAUUCUCAUGCCAAGAGAAUGCAUCAUCUUAAUUCACAUUUGCUAUAGGUGGGAUAUAGAAAAGUGCUGAAAUGACUUAAAGGCACAAGAAUUCAUCCUGCAGAGCUUCUAAGUUCUGUGCGACAGUACUAUAUAAAAACUGGGAAAGUAUUGUUUCCAUUACAGCAUCCUGUUUUUAACAUGGGAAGAAUGUCCUUUCAAAGCAUUUUGAAGUCUCCUUCCUCUGAGGUUGCGCAACUUUUUUUUUUUAGGCUCAGAUAAGGCAGUGUUUUCUCAUUUGAAUGCUAGAGGGCACUAUGGGUACACAAGAAAAACUGCCAAAAAUUGGAAGUAAUGUACUGCCAUUUCAAGCUUUUCCUGCUCAUACAAAUAUUUGCAAUUCUUGCAGAAGAUAGUAUCCAUCGCUACCAGGGCAACAGAAAUUCUAUUUUUGUGACUGGACACUGGUUACACCUGCUUGUAUUUAAACACCAAUGAUGAAAUGUGGCCCUACACAUUUAAAUCUGGAUAAGAUUGAGAAGCAUUCCCAUCUUGCAGGAUGCCUAUUCUACCCUCCCCCCUUCCUACUCCCUGCCCUCUUCCUUUUUAUAAAUGAAUUUAUUGUAUUUUUCUGAAGAGACCAUGAUGAAAACUGCAGUAAGUUAAUAGGUUAGGCAAUUGUCUCCAGUUAGUCAAGGCUUUUUGUAAAGUAAUUAUUUAGUCUGCUGUAAGCCAGCCCUGGAAUUAGGUACAUAUGCAGUGAGUGCAGAACUAAAAGUCACAUCCCAACCAGAAGUACAAUCUGUCUGUAUGUGCAGUUUUGUUGUAGCCAUGUUGGUCUCAGGAUAUUAGAGAAUCAAAGUGGAUGAGGUAAUAUCUUUAAUUGGACCAACUUCUGUUGGUGAGAGAGACAAGCUUUUGAGUUUACACAGAGCUCUUCAUCAGCUCUGGGGAAUGUGCUCUGAACCACAGCUAAUAUAAGGUGGAACAGAUUGUUCAGCGUAAGUAGUUAACGCACAUUUCAAGGGAUCAUUCCAGGUGAAGUGGCCAGUUAACAUCUCUCCAGUCAGAGGGGAGAAAGGAGAUAAAGGAUGCGAGGAAGGCUGGGAAGGGAGAUUAUAGAUUGUAAUAAACCAUAAAUCCAGCAUUUUUAUUCAGUCUAUGAUUUUUAAUGGCUAGCAAAGUUAUGAAUUUAGGCUCCCUGGCUCAUCUUUUGAAGGUGUGCAGGUUUAUUUUGAGGAUGAGCACUGAGAGGUCACAUAUACGGUGAUUGCUUUGUGAAAAGUGUUUUUAUAAACCACACAGAAGAAACAAGAAGCCAGGCUACUAAUAUAGGUAUGAGGGAAAUUUCCAUCAACGUGAUCUCAGUUUUGUGGCAGACUGAUAUUUCUAAUGCUUUGGUUUAUUCUCUAGCUCCACCUGGUUUCAGGAACCCUACAUGCUGGGACUGGUACAAAGCAAUUUACAGGAACCAAAUUUUCAGGUAUAAAAUACCCAUUUUUUGAGUAGAUGCAGCCUUGAAUUCCACUUAGGGGUGUGCGUGCCCAGUGCACCAGAGCUGGAGGAGUUUGCUUAGCAGUACCUUUAAGAGGUAGUGCUUAUGCAUCAUGCUCAUAUACCCUCCUCUGGCUAUAUGAGGUGGUGCCACCUUGACCUCCCCUCAGUUCCUUACCCACUCAUGCCUGGAGUUGGAGCUCUCUAUAGUUCCUAACCUCCCAAUCUCUAUUCCUUAGUGCCUUUUUUUGAACUGUAUAUAGUUCAUUAGUAUAGUAUUAGUUAAAUUUAGUCUAAGUAUUUCCCUGGUGAUGCCUCCACCAGGGUUUAAAUAUUGUCUGUCAUGUAGAGGAGUGAUCCCCAAUAACAAUCCCCACAUCAAGAGCAGUGUUGGAUUUGCAAAUUGUUCAUGAAAUGGAUUCAGGUAGUGAGGAAUCUUCCAUCUAAAGUAGCACCUUCUUGAACAGGCCAUGCUGUCUGUUUUGGCACCUGCAUAGGACUGGAGGUCACCCUCAAGUUCUGGGAGUGCUGCUGUUUUGUGCUCUGGAUCCAGCAACUCUCCGAAGAGAUGGAGUCAUUCCCUGUUGCGUGUGUCAAGGAAAAAGUUUCAUAAGACCAACUGAGGCCACCCAGAUUGUGUGGGGACUUGUCUGCCUCCUCCAGAAGGAGUGUAGAAUGGAACAAUGUGAAUGCUGACACACAGGCUGGAGCAGGUCCUGUUAACCACUGCCCCAGUACUGGGGGGAUGGGAGGGGGCAAGACCUCGUUUUGUCGAUUCUGGUUAUGGCCCUGGGGUGUCCGUCGAGUCCAGUACCAAUGAGGGUGAUGCCAGCACUGGCUAUUUCUGUGCCAGUAGUGUAUCAGGAGGCAAUGGACCUGCUUUUCUGUCCUGACCCCUCCCUGGGUCCAGGACUUUUCCAGGGCAGUGUCGUUUGUAGUGCCAUUGUCUCGAUGGACUGCUGAACCAGUGGGUCUGUCGGCACUGCACACUAGUGUUUCCUUUCCAGUCAGUCAAAGUGGUGCCGAUGCCAGGCCCAAGGGACCACCUUAGCACUGGGAACUUCCUAGCACCCUGCUCUUUGUGCUGCUGAUGUUACUGUGACAGCACUCACCUGUCUCCAUUUUGACAUCAACAGUCACGUCAGUACCACUGCUGAUUUCGGAGUCAACUGUUUCUGGCAGCAAAAACAAUGGACGUGUUCUUGGUGCUGGCAGUACCGGUUCCACCAUCAGUGCCAGUUCUCUCCAUUCUAGGCUAUGGAUGAGGCAGAACAGUUGCUCAUAGCCUCAAAGCUGGCUCCAUCUUUUAUCCCCUGAAGCAUGGGGCUCCUUGUGUCCAGGUUAGAAUCUUCCUCCUCCUGCUCUCUCAUCACCUGACUCGCAUUGAGGGCUAUUCCUGGAGCUCUGUGAGUACCAGCACUGGCAGUCAUCUAGCAUUCCGGGCAAGGGUCCCUGGCCCAGUGCCUAAUGGCCACUAAUGCCCUAUCCAUUCUAGUGAUUUCCGUGGCAUCUAGGGGACGCUCUUCGGUCAUGGAAGUCCCACUCCUCAGCUUGCUCUUAGGCGGGAUCUCAGAGUAGAUCUGUGGCAGUGUCUGUCAAUUUGCUGCAGGCCCAAGAACUGGUGAACCUUCCCUUGUAGAAUCUUCAGAGUCUUCCUGUCCUGAUCUGUCAGUCCUGGACCAGGAUCCAGCUCUGGCACAGUUACCGCUUUGUCUUCAUCCCUAGAAAAUUCUUCAAUGCCUGGCUAUUCCUCUCCUUCAGUACAGGAGGAUUUCAAGGCAUAUGAAGACCAUUUG